AGGGCGGAUCGCUUGGCAAAGGCACCUGCAUGAAACACGGGGCAGCUGAUCCAAAGUUGUUCCUGAACGUCAUAGAAACUUACAAAGACCAGGAAGAUGAUCGCAAGAGGAUCACAACGGAGUUGGAAAGGUGGCUCAGACCUUGCCCGCCCUCGUGGGGUGUACAGCUUUCAGAAGUUGUAAAUCUGUUGAACUCGCGCCUCAUCCAAAUUUACGAAGGCCAGAAAACACAGCGGAAGAUGUUCAAGGAGGAGAUCGACAGGCGGAACUACGAAUGGCAGAAGCAGCCGCAUUCAUCAGAGGCCAACCUGGAGCUCUUCUCCAACAUCUUCAGAAGUUACGCCGACCAAGAAAAAGAUUGGACGGCGGUUAUGGAGGAGAUUGCAAGCAUGCUCCGCAUAUGUUUUUUGCCCGAUGAUGAUGACCGGAAGCUGUUAUGGGAUCUUUUCCAAAGUUACACAGACCAGGAAAAGGAUCGGGAGAAGAUCAUGGAGGAGUUGGAAAGGUGGGUCAACUAUCGGGGGAGGAAACCGUAUUCGUCGGAUGCCGACCUGGUGCUCUUCUUGGACAUCUUCCAAAGUUACGAGGACCAGGAAAAGGAUCGGAAGAUGAUCAUCGAAGAAAUUAAAAGGCGGCUCGGCGAAUGGCAGAAGGAGCCGCAUUUGUUGGACCUGGAGUUCUUAUUGGGCCUUCUCAAAAGUUACAGAGACCAGGAAAAAGAUCCGGCGGAGAUCAUGGAAAAGAUUAAAAAAUGGCUCCGGGAAUGCGAGGAAGAACUGAAUUUGACAGAGGCUGAAAUGAGGCCAUUCCGCAAAAACUGCGUAAGAUACAGAAAGCUGGAAGAGGAUUGGAAGAGGAUUGUUGAGGAGAUGGGAAGGUGGCGGAGCAAAGACGGGGGGCAGCCAUAUUUGUCAGGCGCUGACCUGGAGUUGUUAUUGGACCUUGUCAAAGAAUACACAAAAAACGAAGAAGAGGAGCAGAAGACGAUGGAGGAGAUGGGAAGGUGGUGGAGCGAAGACCAGUGGAGGCCGUAUUCUUCAGGUCUUUGGAUCAGCCGGCGCAUUGCCGAAAGAAAGAGAGACAAGGAAGAGCAGCAGAAGACGAUUGUUGAGAAGCUGGAGAGGUGGUGGAGCGAAGGCCGGGGGAAGCCGUAUUCGUCAAAUUUUGACCUAAACUUGUUAUUGGACCUUGUCAAAAAAUACACAGACAAGGAAGAGGAGCAGCAGACGAUCAUCACGGAGAUUGGAAGGUGGUUCAACGAAUGCAAGGAGAACGUGCGAUUGGAACUCAUAUUUGACGAGUCCAAGUGGCCCAACCCUCGGGUGCUCCAGUUCAAAUUACGUUCGAAAAAAUCAGUGGAUUUCAUUGAAUUUGAUGUCCUGCCAGCCUACGAUGCCCUAGGCCGGUAUGACGGUUGCAAGUCUGACCCUCAGCCCUACCUCCAACUGAUACGCACAGCCACAUGUGGGGCGUUCUCCCCCUGCUUCACGGAGCUGCAAAGGAACUUCAUACGGAACCAAUGCGGCCAGCUGAAAUGCCUCAUCUGCCUGGUAAAAUGCUGGUACAAUGAG